AUGGCACCUAGCACGAGCCGCACGACUGACAUGCGGCCGCUGCCCAAGACUGUCGCCAACGAGCGCAACAAGCAGCAGCUGAACCUCAUCGCCAACAACAUCGGCGGCACAGCUGAGCAGCUCAAACGCCAACUGGCUCAAGUGGAGACCGAGCUCAAAGCGGAUGCCAAGGGCAAGAAGGAGUUUGAGGACUACCACACCAAACUCCUCAUCGAGAGGGCCGACAUCGAGGAACGCAUCAAAAAGAACAAGGACUGGAUUGCCAACUUUGAGCGCAACUCGGACAAUGGCGCCUUUGAGGAGCAGUACAAGCGGCUGGUGGGGGAGAUCUCCACAAUCUAUGAGGGCGCCAAGGAGUUCCAUCAGCACGGGUGGGGGUGA